CUACGAUCAUUGCUGCUUAUCUGAACAGCAACUUAAUGCCUGGCGCUACGAUUAUCACACAUGAUGUCUGCCUCGAAACGAAUCUGCAGAAACUCGAGCAGGACUCGCGGGAGCUUCGACAGAAGCUGAGUGGACUCAACUCGUCCUUGAAAACCGCCAGCCCUGGCAUGCGUGCUACUCUGGACCUGGCAGCGCAGACCGUUGAACGCUAUGACGACCAGAUGAACGCCCUCAUGGCCCUGCAUCAGACGCUCAAGAAUCAGCGCGCGGAGUUGGCACAUCGCUACGCGCGCGCCGCCUGGCUCUGCAGCCCAGUCCGACGACUCGUUCCGGAUGUUUUGCUGGAGAUAUUCACCUACGUUCGAUAUACGCAGGAGUAUUCUCUAGAGGACCAUCGCUCUUCCACCGUACGCUUGGCGCAUAUCUGCAGUCACUGGCGCGCCGUUGCGUUCUCGCACCCUGCGCUCUGGUCGUCCAUCAAAGUCCAGCACGUUGGUACCAGCGACGUAAUGACCCACAGAGUCAGAAGCGCUGUCGAGUUCCACUUGUCCAAGUCGGACUCCGCGCCGCUAUCGAUCGCUAGUGGUGGCAUCGGAUUUGCCGCUAUAGACAUACUCAUAGACGCUUGCCAUCGCUGGCGGAAGUGCAUAAUCGGCAACGCCUUCAUCCUCGGACCGACGCCGCGACGAUAUGCUGCUCUGGAAAUCCUCGUCAUACACGCAGGCAAAGGCACUGUUAACUUCAUCGACACGCCACGCCUGCGCUCGUACGCUGGGCCCCUCACCGAGACCUUCCUUCCAUGGCACCAGCUGACAAACGUCUCCAUCAUUCAUGGUGAAGUCACGGUCAGCCAAGCCAUCGACCUGCUCGGCGUUUGCGUCAAAGUCGAAGCUUUCAGAGUGCAUCUCCCGCUGCACGAUACUCCGUCCUCUCCAACGACCGUAACAUGCCCCCAGCUUCGACAACUUGCACUUGUAUGCGCUCCCACCGACCUCGAGAACGUGCUGAAGAGACUCUUCUCCUCUAUUAUCGCCAGCGGACUUGUCUCCCUCGACAUCGGCGUUCCCGCAAAGCUUCCGGACUACGUGUGGACGCGGAACCUCACCCUCGCGAUGACGGGCUUCCUCAAGGCGAGCGGCGCGCUGUCGAUGCUGGCGCUACGGAAUGUGCCAAUCGACACAGACCUGCGCACUGUGCUCGCCAGCGCCCCCAGCAUCAAUUUUCUCAUCUGGUGGGAGCGGGCAAAAGAUAUACACCAGUCACGCAUCCGUCAUCUCCUCGACGCUCUUUCUUUGCCCAGCUCGCAAGCGGGAUCGACGCUCGUCCUGCCUCGCCUCACCCGUCUUCACAUCAGCGGCGGCAUCAAUUGCCCAUUCAAAAGCCAGAGGAAGGAUCACGAACGACUCGAAGAGCUCAUUCGCGCGCGUGCUUCAGGUGGAGGCUCGUUACGGGCUGUCGGCCUCGAUUACCUUGGCUGGUGCGAGCUGGCACCGGAGACGGAGGUCGAGCUGCAUCGGCUGCUGCAGAGGCUGGUCGUUCGGAAGAUGGUGAAGAGGGAGCGGGAUUUCUUCGAAUACAACGAGCCUGCGUUCGUUUUCGACAUGGAACCGCCAUCACCAGGCUUCUUCGCUGCUACGCCUUCAAGCGACAGCUCGGAUGAUGAAGAGGAAUCGAACACUGACGACGAAUCGGGCACUGAGGAGGAAACAUGCUCCGAAGAAACGUCGAACAUUACUACUGAAGACUCGGAAGAGGACUCGGACUGAACUGACGGCCCUGUGCUCUGUCCAUCGCCAAUAGGUAUACCGCCUACUGCACAUACCUCUGAU